AUGUCAAACCAACCAGGAUCUGCUGCUGAUGAUUUGGUUCCUGAAGAACAAACCGGUUAUAAACCAUCUGCUAAGAAAACUGUUGAUGAAUAUGCAAAAUUAGAUGCAGAAGAUGAAUCUUUACAAAAAUGGAAGAAAUCUCUAGGUUUAUUAGGAGGUGAAGCAUUACCUGUUGAUCCAAAUGAUAAAAGAAAAGUUGUCAUAUUAGAAAUGUCAUUAUUAAUAGAUGGUGAAACUCCAAUUGUUGUUGAUUUAACAAAUGAAAAAACAUUAAAAGAUUUAUCAAAUAAUUAUUUCAAAAUUAAAGAGAAAUCAAUUUAUAAAUUGAAAAUUAAAUUUAAAGUUCAACACGAAAUUGUUACAGGUAUUAAAUAUUUACAAGCUAUCAAGAAAGCUGGUAUUAGAGUGGAUAAAGUUGAAGAUCCAUUAGGUUCUUAUGCUCCAAAUACAAAAGAAAAACCAUUUUAUGAAGUGAUAUUACCAGAAACUGAAGCCCCUUCAGGUUUAUUGGCUAGAGGUUCUUAUUCUGCUCAAUCUAAAUUCAUUGAUGAUGAUAAAGUUACUCAUUUAUCUUUGAAUUGGGGUGUGGAAAUCAUAAAGAAUAAAUAA